UGGGAGGCGGCCUGGGGAGCCCCCAACUUAUGCGCGGUGGAAUCCAGCGGGGAGACGGCGUUACCCAGUCGCCCCCACUUUCUGGAAGGGGGACUGGACUCUGGAGAAUGGGUUAGGGGCUCCUGGCUUCCCGCCGCGGAAUGGGAACUCAUGAUCGCAGACUUGACCCCGCUUGACUGGUCCUUGGAGUUUGGGUGGGAGGGAGACUUUCCCCAACUCUUCAGAUCCGUCGCCGGCCCUGAAGCAGCUCCAGCCCUCUGCUCUCCUCAGCCCACUAAAAGGGGGGUGCUCCUGGGCCAGAGUGAUUGCUCAGGGAGUGCUGGGGAGAAUGAGGGGUUCCCAUCUCCCACAGCCACAAACGCAUUUCUCAAAAUGGAGCCUCCAUUUGCCCCUCCUUCUCUUUCGGGCUCCAAGAGCGGGAGCCGGCCUGGCUGGGCCUGGCUUUCCAGACUCCUGGCUCCCUGGGUGUGUGGCUCUCAGGGCCCGGCUCUGUGGCACUUUGGACUUACAGGCCCUCAGCUUCGUGGGGUUGGGGGGCCCUGGCUCACUGGGUCCCGCUGGCUGUCCCCUUGUCGGCCUGACCCUCGGGCCUUUCCGAGUCUUUGUCUCUUUUGGGUCCCUGUCUUUCCCUGAGCCUGUCUCCUUCAAUUUUCACUUUCUCCGUGCUCGCUGAAGUGGGGAAAUGCAACAGAGGUGCCAGCCCCCUUGGCCCCCUAAGAAGUCUCUUCCCCACUGUUCACUCCACACCCUGGAGUGGACCCAGAGAGGGGAGGGGAGGGGGUUCUCUAUCUGCUCUGCUGGGGGCUGGGGUGUGUGGGGUGGUCUGAGCCCCAGCCCUACAGAGGGGCCUGUGGUCGCUCCCUGCGCCCCUCCCCCAGCUCCCCGCAGCUCCUGCCCCAGCGUGGACACCUCUUCCUGGUUCGCAGUGUCUUUUGACUUGGGUGGGAAGGAGGGCGGUGGAUUUAAUGGAGCGCAUGCGAGAAAGAAGGGGAACAGAUCAGGCAAAGGAGUUAGAUAAUGUCCCACCUCUCCCCACUGGCCAAAGAGAGAAGGAAACAGGCUCCCCUCCCCAACGGGCCCUCAAGCCACCCAGGCUCCCACCACUCUCAUACCUGCGUGCCCACGUUCACAGGCUCCCCUGCACACUCUGGUGUACUCACCUUCCUAGUCACACACAAACAUAGGAGCUCACACAUAAACUCACGAACUUACUGACAAAUCUGUCCAGGCACCGUCUCUCCCACACACCACAAAUUCACUUGUUAGAUCCGCAUUUAUAACUUUCACAGGCUUUCUAAUGACCCCUGACCCACAUACUCUUGUAAGAUAUACACAUGUGAAUUCACACAUGAACUCAUAUGUAUGUGAAUGAACUGAUAUAUCAAACAUGCAUAGACUCACGUGAUGUUUUCACACACAUUUUCAUACACACGUGUUCAUUUUCAUGCUCCUGUGCAUGUAGUCACACAACAAAUAACUAAAUGCACACACUCCUACUCCCAGUGCAAUUCUCUGUCCACUUCUUGGCCCCGCUCUGCAUGAUGACUUCAGCAGAUGCCUAAGUCCUGGUCAUCAGCGGCCUCGGGACUGGGACUAGGGAGGGGGUUCCGGGUGGAGGCUUGCAGCUGCUUCCAGGAAGGAGCAGGGCCUGGGGAGGUGGAGCCCUCUUGCCUGGGCUCAGUGAAAGUGAGGUUUUGGAGCAGCCUCCAGAGGUGAAGGCGGGGCAUCUACCUUCCUCCGCUCAGGGUCACCUGCGAGGCCGCUGGCCAGGCCUGAGCCUCUGCCACCAUGGCCAUUGUGCAGACUCUGCCAGUGCCACUGGAGCCUGCUCCUGAAGCUGCCACUGCCCCACAAGCUCCAGCCAUGGGUAGUGUGAGCAGCCUUAUCUCAGGCCGGCCCUGUCCCGGGGGGCCAGCUCCUUCCCGCCACCACGGCCCUCCUGGGCCCACCUUCUUCCGCCAGCAGGAUGGCCUGCUGCGGGGUGGCUAUGAGGCACAGGAGCCGCUGUGCCCAGCUGUGCCCCCUAGGAAGGCUGUCCCUGUCACCAGCUUCACCUACAUCAAUGAGGACUUCCGGACAGAGUCACCCCCCAGCCCAAGCAGUGAUGUCGAGGAUGCCCGAGAGCAGCGGGCACACAAUGCCCACCUCCGCGGCCCACCACCAAAGCUCAUCCCUGUCUCUGGAAAGCUGGAGAAGAACAUGGAGAAGAUCCUGAUCCGCCCAACAGCCUUCAAGCCAGUGCUGCCCAAACCUCGAGGGGCUCCGUCCCUGCCUAGCUUCAUGGGUCCUCGGGCCACCGGGCUGUCUGGGAGCCAGGGCAGCCUGACGCAGCUGUUUGGGGGCCCUGCCUCCUCCUCCUCUUCUUCCUCCUCCUCUUCAGCUGCUGACAAACCCCUGGCAUUUAGUGGCUGGGCCAGUGGCUGCCCAUCAGGGACGCUAUCCGACUCUGGCCGAAACUCACUGUCCAGCCUGCCCACCUACAGCACCGGAGGUGCCGAGCCAACCACCAGCUCCCCAGGCGGGCACCUGCCUUCCCAUGGCUCUGGGCGAGGGGCACUGCCUGGGCCAGCCCGAGGGGUCCCUACUGGGCCCUCCCACUCAGACAGUGGCCGGUCCUCCUCCAGCAAGAGCACAGGCUCCCUGGGGGGCCGUGUGGCUGGGGGGUUUUUGGGCAGUGGUACCCGGGCCUCCCCUGACAGCAGCUCCUGUGGGGAGCGCUCACCACCACCCCCGCCUCCACCUCCUUCGGACGAGGCCCUGCUGCACUGUGUCCUGGAAGGAAAGCUCCGAGACCGGGAGGCAGAGCUUCAGCAGCUGCGGGACAGUCUGGACGAGAAUGAGGCUACCAUGUGCCAGGCAUACGAGGAGCGGCAGCGGCACUGGCAGCGAGAGCGUGAGGCCCUGCGAGAGGACUGUGCAGCCCAGGCACAGCGGGCCCAGCGGGCCCAACAGCUGCUGCAGCUGCAGGUGUUCCAGCUGCAGCAGGAGAAGCGGCAGUUGCAGGACGACUUCGCACAGCUGCUGCAGGAGCGCGAACAGCUGGAGCGGCGCUGCGCCACCUUGGAGCGGGAGCAGCGGGAGCUCGGGCCGAGGCUUGAGGAGACCAAGUGGGAGGUGUGCCAGAAAUCGGGCGAGAUCUCCCUGCUGAAGCAGCAGCUGAAGGAGUCUCAGGCAGAGCUGGUGCAGAAGGGCAGCGAGCUGGUGGCCCUGCGGGUGGCGCUGCGGGAGGCCCGUGCUACGCUGCGGGUCAGUGAGGGCCGUGCGCGGGGUCUACAGGAGGCCGCCCGAGCUCGGGAGCUGGAGCUGGAAGCCUGUUCCCAGGAGCUGCAGCGACACCGCCAGGAAGCUGAGCAGCUGCGGGAGAAAGCUGGGCAGUUGGAUGCUGAGGCGGCCGGACUCCGGGAGCCCCCUGUGCCACCUGCCGCCGCUGACCCCUUCCUCCUGGCAGAGAGUGAUGAGGCCAAAGUGCAGCGGGCAGCAGCCGGGGUUGGGGGCAGCUUGCGGGCCCAGGUGGAGCGGUUGCGGGUGGAGCUGCAGCGGGAGCGGCGGCGAGGUGAGGAGCAGCGGGACAGCUUUCAGGGGGAGCGGCUGGCCUGGCAGGCAGAGAAGGAGCAGGUGAUCCGCUACCAGAAGCAGCUGCAGCACAACUACAUCCAGAUGUACCGGCGCAACCGGCAGCUAGAGCAGGAGCUGCAGCAGCUCAGCCUGGAGCUGGAGGCCCGGGAGCUCGCUGACCUGGGCCUGGCCGAGCAGGCGCCCUGCAUCUGCCUGGAGGAGAUCACUGCUACUGAGAUCUAGGGCCCUUGGCACCCAGCUCUGUAGGGAGCUCUGCCAGAGGGGCAGCAGCUGCAGAUCCACUUAGGCCCUAGGGUCCACGGAUGACCCCAAAGGCUGAGGGCCCCAAAGCCACUUGUCUCCUAGGAUCCAGGCCUCUGGGUUUCUGCCAAGAACUCGGGGUGGCCCUAUGACUUGGAGGAGCAAGAUCAGACCACUCAAAGGUCCCCGUGUUCACUGUUACCCAGAGGCUCCUGUUACUACCCACUUCAUUCUCCACUGCUGCCAGUGCCACUGCCAACCCUGUUCACAGGCGCUUCCAGCCCACUCCAGCCAGGGGAGCUGGGAAGAAGAAGGGGCUCCCUCCUCUCCACAUUCCCGCCGACCCCAAAGCCAGAGAAAGCCAGAUGGCACCAACUGCUCCGGAUGUGCCUGCCCCCACCCUGCCCACAUUGGGGGACAGGGCCGGGCCUGGGCUCGGUUCCCAGGUUUGAGCUCUGCAGCCUCCCUCCUGGAGUGAGGGGGCUGAAGUCAGACCAAAGGAAGAACUCAGAAAUGUCUUGUUUAUUUGUGUUUGUGACCAAGCAGCCUCUCCCUUCACCCAGGUUUAUGGCCUCGUUUUCACUUGUAUAUUUUUCACACUGUAAAUUUCUUGUACAAACACAAAGAAAAAAUUAAAAAAAAAUUUUUUUUGUUUAAAAA